AUGUCCUCCUCGUCGCGAGAGCUUAUACCGCUCCCGGAGCCGGCGCCUGCGCCUGCCGAGGCGCCCCAACCUCCUGCAGCUGGUGAAGAUGUCUUCUCUGCACCCACAGAGCCCCCUCUGCGUAAUCGCAGAACUAUGCCUGGAUACUUCCCAACCGGCGAAACUCCCUCCAACUCUCCUGCCACCGCUAUUGAUUCUCUCACAGACGACCGUGACGUUGUGGAAGGCUCGCCGCGAUCGCUCGCGGAAGCCUUGUUGAAACGCUCGCAGUUCCGCAUGUCUCAGUUUUCUGCCUCUCAGAAUAGCAGCUCGACUCCCGCUAGGACGGUCAUCCGCUCUGAUCCUACCAUGAUCACUACGUUCGAUCCGGCGGACAGAGAGCUGUAUGAUUUGUGGGCGCCCAAAAGAUAA